UUGGGUCCUUACAUUAGCAAUCAACUGAGGCAACUUAAUUCUCGUUAUGAAAUCCAAGUAAAUUUAGCCAAUGAUGUUAAAAAAAAAAUUGAAAGUAAUUUAGAGCAUCACAUGAAGUAUGAAGAAUUAUUAGAAAAAGCAAAAAGUUGGAUAAAUAACGCUAAAGAAGGCAUUCGGCAUGGAAAUGAGUCUGUCAACAACUUGAGUAAAGAAAUUUUACAAGCGCGUUUAAAUAAAAUUUUGGAGAUUUUAAAAACACAAGAAGAAGGUCAGUUAAUUAUUCAUUCGACUAUUAACUGCGGUGAAAAAGCUCUUAGAAGCACUCGAUCAGAUGGAAAAGAUAUAAUAAACAAUCAAUUGAAAGAAAUUCAAUCAGACUGGGAACGGCUCAUUAAAAAGAUUUCAAAUUCCAAAGUUCACAUUGAAACAAGUUUAUUGCAGUGGGCUGAUUAUAACUCAUCAUACUCACACUUGCAACAGUGGAUAUCAGAUCGGGAGGCUAAACUCGAGAAUGUAUGUGAACAUAAGGUUUCAAAUGUAAAAAAAAGUCAAGUGGGCGUUGGAACGUUAAGUAUAGGGGAACGAAAGGCAGCAUUAAGAAAAACGAACAGUAUAAUGCAAGAUAUAGUAUCAUUCGAACCCAUGAUACAUAAAGUUACUCUAAAGGCAGAAGAUUUGCAGCAAGCUGUGCCAGCUAAUGAAAUAACUAACAAAUAUCAAACAUUAAGUAUUAAAGCUAAAGACUUGUAUGAGAAACAAAAAGAAGCUGUAAGAUUACACCAAGAUUUUAUUGACGCUGGUAAUGAUUUCGCUACUUGGUUGAGAAACGCUAAAGAAAAAGCUAGAAAAAUAUCUGAUCCUACAGGAGACAAAGAAACCUUAAACAAAAAAUCUGUUCAAUUAAAAGUAUUAAUUAGUGAAUUGACAGAAGGACAGACAAAAUUAGAAAUAGCACUUGAAAAAGCAGAAAAAGCUUGCUUAAAUGCUGAUGGUGAUGAAAAAGAAAUAAUUGAACAAGAAGUAGCUAUGCUACAAGAAGAAUAUGACGUAUACACAGAAUCAUUACAAAACACGAAAUCAUUAUUAGAAGAUGGCAUAUGCAAGUUAAAUGAAUUCGAUGAUUAUUCAAAUACUGCUAUAGAAUGGUUAAAUAAAACAGAAAAAUUAGUACAAUCGUAUAAUAAAUUACAACCUAGUCUCGAGAAGAAAAAACAGGCUUUAGAAGAAUUUCAGAAUCAUCUUCAAACAUUAUUUGAUUGGCAAAGUGAAUUGGAUAAUUUGAAUGGAAAAGCACAAAUUCUCUUAGGGACUUGUUCAGAUACUCGACUUUCUAACUCAAUUACUCAAAUGACCACUAAAUAUGAUACAUUGAUUUCACUCGCUAAAGAAGUUAUGCGUCAACUUGAACAGCACUAUCAAGAACAUCAACAACAAAACUCUUUAUAUCAAGAAAGCCUUGAUUGGAUUGAAAGAAUACGAGAUAAAUUGAAUGAAUGUGAAACUACGCCUAAUACUCUGAACGAAGCAAAAAACAAACUACAGAUUUUAAAAAUUAUAAGACAAACACUUGAACAAGGUCAAAAUAAAUUACGAUAUACUAUGGAAUUAAAAGAAAAAGUAGUUCUAAGUACCGAAACACAAGGUGCCUUAAAAAUUGAAGAAGAUACUGAAAAUUUGCGACAAGAAUUCGAAAAACUCUCUAAUAGUAUUCAAAUUUGUAAUAGUAAUUUAGUAUCAAAAGUCUCUCAAUUAGAAGAAUCGGAUAAGUCUAUAAGACUACUUAAUCAAUGUUUAGAUGAUAUAAAAUCUAAAAUGAGUGGUAUAGAAUCUGAAUCAGCAUUUAAUGAUUUAAGUGAAAAGAAAACUUCGUUGGAAAAAAUCAAAUCUUUACUCCGUGAACUUCAUUCACAUUCUGAUCUUAUAAACUCGCUUACUUUAAGAUCCAGUGACAUUUCAUCUCCUCAGUCUGAAAUCAUUUCUUGCAUUACAAAAUAUAACAGCCUUGUUAAUUUAGCUACUAAGAAAAUCUCAGAAAUUGAAUUACAAGUUUCUGACCAUGAAAAAUACAGAAAUUCGUUAUUAAAUGUUUACGAUUGGUUGCGCAAAACACGUGUUGCUGUUCAAAGCAAUGCUGAUACUCAUGGCGAUUGUGAAAAUAAUAUAGAAAAAAAUCUUAAAUUAAGAGAAAUAGAAAAUUCUACAGAAGAAGGUGACAAAAUGGUAAAGGAAGUUCUUGCAGCUAUUGAAAUAGUUAAGGUUAACACUGGUCCUGAAGGAUGUGACAAACUUAAUCAAGACAGAAUCCAAUUGAAUAUUGAUUGGGAUGAGUUAAAACAUUUUAUUAAAGAAGUACAAAUCUCUCUCAAGAAAUGCAUUAAAGCAUGGGAGGAUUUUAAUAUUGUAUUUAAAGCUUUGAAAAAUUGGGAAAUAGAAUUAAUUGACAAAGUCAACACAGCCAGUUCAUUAAAUGACACUUACACUCCAAUAGAUUUAGAUACAUUUAAAUCAUGGUUGCAAGAAAUAAUCAAUCAAAAUAUAUCUAUAGAAGAAUUGACUGAUAGAUGUGAAGUGUUAAUGGAGAUGAGUGCAUGUAAUUGGGUUAGAGAUGAAACACUUAAAAUUCAAUCAUCAUAUACCAUUUUAUUAACUAAAGUUCAAGGGCUUGUAUCUAAAGCUGAGAAAAGUUUAACUGAUCAUACUGAAUUCAUUGCUGCAAAAGAAAAAGUUGAGGAAUGGUUAAAUCGUGCACAUGGUACUAUUCAAGAUUGUAUAGGGGAAGGAGAUUUGGCAUGGGUAAAAGAUAAACUACAAACAAUCAACCUUGUUUCUUCUAGAAUUACGGAAGGUCAAUAUUUAAUGAACGAAAUGCAGGAAAUUUUUGUUAGAGCAUUAAAUAACAUAUUGGAUGUAGAGAGAGAUAAGAUUAUGACUACAAUGGAAGAGCUAAGAAACAGUUGGAAUAGUUUAAAUAUAGAUUUAAAUUCAAUUAUUGCUCAUCUAAAAUCUCUUCAAACACGCUGGGAAGAAAAUAAUGAAGCCAAAACAUAUCUUGAAAAAUGGCUGAAUUCGACUGAAAAAAAAAUUAAUGAACAAAAAAAUCUUAAUGCAGACUUAGGAGAAAUGAAAACUUUAGCAGACAAAAUCAAUCAUCUUAUCAAUGAAAUAAUUGAAAAAGAAUCAAGUUUCGAACAUGUUAUAUCCGAAACUGAAGAAUUAUCAAAAUGGAGUAAAUGUGAUGGACUAAUAUCAGAUAUAAAAUAUUUGAACUCAAAAAAAAAUAAUCUUAAAGAUAAAGCUUUGCAACGUAAAAAGAGUUUGGAACAAGAAAUACUUGAACAUUCAGAAUAUUUACAAGCACUUCAAGAAACGGAAAAAUGGCUAUUAAAAAUAUCAUUCCAGUUAAUGGCCCAUAACUCAUUAUAUAUCACUAAUAGACAACAAACACAAGAACAGUUAGAAUACCACCAAGUGUUAUUAAAUGAAGUUAUUCAGUAUCAAGAUGUAUUAAACAAUCUAAAAUCUAAAGGAACCACUCAAAUUCAUCGUUAUAUAAUGUCAACUCCAUCAAUAAAGUCAAUAGUAGAACUUCAGUUAAAGAACGUACAAGAUAGUUACAAUUCGUUGUUUAACACAGCCCAUCAAAUAAAGUCAAGACUGGAAGAAUCCUUGUUAAAAUUUAAACAGUAUGAAGAUAUGUUGGAGAGUAUUUCGUCAAAUUUGGAUGGAUAUGAACCUUUGAUAAAUAAAACUAUUCAAGAAAAUUGGACUCUAGCACAGGCUCAAGAACAACAUGAUGUAUAUAAGAAUCUUCUGGAUAAAUUACAAGAAGAAAAAAUAAAAUUAACAUUAGCAGUACAAGCAUGUGAAGCAGCAGUUGCUAGUAUAUCCAGGCCUAGUAGUCCUGUUGAAUCUUCCAACUCACAGAUUCCUGAAAAAGAGAUAGAAGUUCGUUUGCGGCUAGAAGAUUCACUUGAUCAAGUUCAAAAUUUUAUAAGUGAAUUAUCUGACUUGAUAUCAAUAUUACAAAGUAAACUUAAUCAACAAACAAUUUUAAAAGAAUGGAUUGAGGGACAAAUUAUUACUGUCCAAUCGAUUGAAGAAAAACCGACUAAACUAAGUACCGAAUCAGCUGUACAAGAUAUAUCAAAUCUCAACGAUUUACUUCAAGAUGUUAAUUCCAAAAAAAUGGAAAUAGAGGAAAUAAUAACAGAUAGUUCUUCUGAAGAAAUAUUAAUGAAUUUAUCUAUAUUAUCAGAAAGUAUUACUAGAAAUUUAAGUAAAAAAAAGUCUGAUCAAAAUUUGUUAAAUGACUUUAAAAAAACCGAAGCUGAUUUACAAAAUUGGCUUGAUAAUUUAUCAAAUAAUCUUGAUUCCUUAGAAAAGGGAAGCGGUAACACAUGCGAACAGAAAUUAAUGCUGUUUGAUGUCAUCAAAAAAGAUUAUAUGACAAAUGGAAAUGAUUUAGUAGAAAAUUUUAAAAUCAAUAGCUGUAAAGUAAAAGAUAUUGUAAGCAAUUUAGAUGCCCAACUUCUUGAUGAUCAGGUAAAAUCUGCAGAGCGACGAUACAGAGAUUUUGGUAUAAGAAUGGAGAGAAAAUACGAAGUCUUAAAAAAUACCAAAGAAAAUUUAGCAUUUGUAGAAUCCAAACUUAAAGAAGUGGAUAAUUGGAUUGAUAAACAGUUAAAUUAUUUAAACGUAUAUAAAUAUGUCAGCUAUGAUACGGAAAAUAUAGAAAAAAUAUUAUCGUACUUGAAGAAAAUUAACAAAGACAUAGAAACACAUAAAAUAUUUUUGACAGACUCUUUAGCAGUAAAACUCAAUACUAUUGAGUUAGAAACUGAACCAAUGGAAUUUAGUAGCUUUGAAGAAAAUAUAUACAAACCUAUAUAUACAAAGUUGGAAAAAUUAAUAGCUAGAAUAAACGAAGAAACUAGCAAAGUUAAAAAUGUUUUUGAAACAAGUGUAAAAUACGACAAAUUACUUAAUGAAUGCCUUUUAUGGUUAAAAAAAUGUGAAAAAGACCUCAGCCCUGACAAACAUUCGCCUGAACCUUUAGAAUUAUCAGAUGCUCUAAUAUAUUUUGAACAUAAAAUGGAAAUAAAAAAUAAUAUUCAACAUUUCAAAAAUGGUGAACUUACAGAUUUGGAGAAAAUUAGUCAAUUACUUAUUUCUAUAAGCAAUAAUGACGAUAUUUUAGUUAUUAAUUCUGACAUGAAUGGUGUUAAUGAAAAAGUCAAAAUAAUUGACAACAUGUUUGUAAUGGCUGAAGAAAACGCAAUAGCAAUUGUAGAUAGUCGAAGAAAAAUUGAAAACAUUUUUAAGGAAUGUCAACAAUGGUUUACUGAAACAGAAGUUUUAAUUUCAGAUGAUGUUCGUAUCUCCAGUUUAAAAGCUAUAGAAGAUCAGCUCCAGAAAUAUAAUGACCUUUGUAGACGCAGCUCUGAUAUUGACAAUAUAAUCGAAUCACUUAAAUUAAACAGUCAAGAAAUACUUUUAUCAGAAUCGGACGCCUUAAAGUUUAGUGAUCAGAUUUUACAUUUGAAAAAUCGUCAAAAAAAAUUAAAAUCUACUAUUGACGAAAGAAUUAAAUUGCUUGAAGAAGAAAAGAAAAAAAUAAAAAAUAUAGCCGAAGUAAUAGAAAAGAGUAAAGCAUCAAUUUUAAAAGUCGAAUUAAAUUUACAAGAAUUAAACCAUCCUGUUGGAAGUACAGUGCAAGACGUACAAAAUAUGAUAAUUUCGUAUGAAAGUUUAUUGAACGAACUCAAAAAUUGGAAUGAUAAAAUAGAAAAUAGUAAUGACAAUGAUUAUCUUGUCGAUAUUAUUAAGCAACAAGAAAGUUUAAUCAAUAUUAUUGAAAAACAACUAGCAAAAUUAAAACAGCUAUUAUAUUUACACGAACAGUUCAUGUCACUAAUUUCAGACAUUACUACGUUUCUAACUAAAUAUUCUGGUGUUGUGAAUGAAAUUGGCAAGUCCGAAAAUACUAUACAAAAUAAAAUUAAACAAUUUAAUGAGGUUAUGUUAAAAAUUCAAGAAUGUGAGGCAACCCUAGUAUCAGCUACUGAUAAAGGAGAAAGAAUUUCUGAAGAAGGCUCGGCAUUAGACAGGAAUAAUAUUAAUCAACAAUUACAGUCAUUAAAGCAGCAAUUACUCACACUGAAAAAAGCUAUAGAAAAAGAAAAACAAAAACUAGAGGUUACUGAAGCAAAGCAUAUAAAAUUAGCUACAGAUUUAGAAGAAGCUUUAGAUUGGAUACAUGAAAAUGAAGCACUUAUUAAAUCAAGACCUAUGCUUAAUAUUGACGUGAAAAGUAUUGAAACUGAUUUACAAGCCCACAAAGAGCUAUAUUUGAAAGUGAAUAAUCAUUUGAAUAAACUUAAGAAAAUUUGUUCUUCAGCUCAAAAUGAAAAUAUUGAAGAUAGCACUGUGUUGGAAAAUUUGAGUGAAGCUUGUUCAUUUUUAAACACAAUUCCAAAAGAGUUAAAUGAUCGAGAAAUAUAUUUAACUACUCAAUUAAAGUGUCGAUUAGACUAUCAAAUCAAUAAAGAUAAAUUUAUUUCAUGGAUGACGGAUAGAAAAAAAUUAUUAGAACAAUCGAAAGAAACCACUACUGAUAUAACUAAUAUUGAAGAAACCAAAGAACAAAUUAAGGUGUUAAUUUGCGAUAAAUAUGCUUAUGAUUUAGUUACAAAUGAAAUAAAACAAAAUAUUGAUAAAAUUAGACCUUCUUUAAAUCCUGAAGAAAUUGAAGUGUUAAAAUCUGAACAGCUACAUUUAAAUGAUGAAUUUAAUAUAUUGAACAAUUUAGCAAAAGAAAUUUUAAAAGAAAAAGAAAAUAUUAUUGAGUAUUUGAAAAAAUAUAAACAUACUGUUGAAAAGAUUUUAUCAAUAAUAAAUUUCAACAAACUAAACGAAGAGCCAAUAAAUAAUUUGGCUGGGCUUUAUUUUAAUGUCGAAAAAAUUUCUUUAAUUCAAAACGAUUUUCAACGGCAGCAAAAUGAGCUGGAUUCCCUAAUAAAUAUUUCGAACGUUAUUAAAGAAUUAGUAAUUAAAAAUGAUGAGAUUGAUUCAGAAGUAAACUCACUUAGUACACAAUGGUCCGAACAUAAAAGCAAGUUAGCGUCUAGAUUAUCAAUUAUAACUGACAUCGGAAACGAUUGGAAAAUAAUUGAAAAUGAAUAUAGAAGUAUUGAUACUGAAUUAAAUCAAAUUAAAGACUUGUUGUUUUCAGUUGAUUCCAUUAUUAGGUCAAAAAAUCAAUUGGAUGAAUCUUUAACUAUAUUAAAUAAUCUUAAAGAACGACUAGAUAGUGUUAAUGACAAUAUUCAAAAUAUAAAACAAAUUUCUAAACGUGUUUUAACAUUUUUAAAAACAGAAUUUCAUCCUGCAUAUGAUCUAUUGAAUAACGAAAUUAAUUUAUCAAACAAAAAAUGUGAUGAGUUAACGUCAAAACUUGACAAAAUAUUACACCAUUUUGUAGAUAAUUUGAGUAUUUUCAAUGGAACAGUAGAAAAAUUAAAUGAUUUGGAACAUAAAGUAUCAACAUUAAAACCAAAAGUUGAAAACUUUUAUUUUUUUGGACCAGAUUUUGAUCAAACCAAUAAGCAAUUUGAGAUUUUGUCGUGCAUCGUGGAAAGUGUUCUUAGUGAACUGAAAAAUUAUACAGAAUUGACACGCAAUAAUUACAUAGAUUCGCAGCAGUUGGUUCCAAAUGAUUUAUUAAACAAGUUUAAUUACUUGGAACUGGAGUCUGAGGAAAUAAUGAGCCAAAUGGAUAAGAACAUAAAAGGAAUAAAGCGUGCUAAAACCGUUCGGUCAGAAUAUUUAAAAGACAUUGAUGAGAUACAGAGAUGGCUCCAACAAUCUGAAGUAAUAAUUCAAGAUCGCAGUAAUGAACCAAUUAAAAUCAAAGAACACAUUGAGAAAAUUGAAGAAGAAAUAACCAUUAUGAGUGACAAACUAAACAGGGUAAUAACACACAGUAGAGAAAUUGUGGAAAACAUCAAAGAAGCUGAUGAAAAAGUCAUAAUACCAAAAACUGUGGAAUCGUUGGCUCAUAAAAUGAAUCAAAUCAACGUAUGGAUAGAUGAAAAACGUCUUCAGAUUGGUAACACCCUAGAUGCUUGGCAGAAAUUCAUGUCCCUAUAUGAUACAGUUAUUACUUGGUGUAAAGAUAAAACUAAAUUUUUAGAAGAACCGAUCAUAUUAAGUACAUUAGAAUCAGCUAAACAGAAGUCGCAUGAAUUUUCGGUAGCCGUAAAAUCAAGUAAACACCAGAGCAAAAAUUUAGCUGAAAUGAAUAAGGAGUUGGAAAUAAUAGCUAUGUCAACAGAUGUUGGAUCAUUACCAGAAAAGUUGGAAGAAGCUAAUAAUAUAAAAAAUGAAGUUGAAGGAAAAUUAUCAGAAAGAUAUGCAUUAUUACACGAAGCUUGCGAAGAAUGGGAACAGUUUGAAAGAAAAUUAAAAGAUGUUAGAACAUUUAUUGAAAAAUCUAAACAUGUUAUUGAAUCACCAGGUAAUAAAAAACGAACCUUGAGGGAACAGCAUGAUUUAAGAGAAAAAAUGCUAGCUGAUAUCUCAAUACAAAAGAAAAAAAUAACUUUAUCAACAGAUAAAUUACAGAUACAUUUUCGUGCUGGUUUUGGAGGUAGUGUUAAUAUUUCUUCUGAAGCAAUAGAAUGUCUUUCACAAUUAGAUAGUUUUUCUAAAAUUGUUGAAGAUCAAGCAAAUAAUUUGGAAGAGAGCCUGUCACAACUUGACAAAUAUUAUCAAGAAAUACAAAGUCUUCGUCAACAAGUUAUAACAGCUGAACAACAGUUAAGAUUAUUUCAAAGUCCGACUUAUUUACCCAAUGAUAGAUCCAAAGCUUUACAAGAACAAAAUGCAUUACAAGAACAAAUACAAGUGCUACACAGCAAGAUUAGCUCAAGAAUCGAACGAACAAAAUUGAUCAUUCAACGAGGCUCCCCAAUAUCUGAACCUUUAUUAAACUAAAUAAUAAUUUAACCCUAUUUAUUACUCAACUUCAAAUCCAUUCCAUAAUUUUUAAUAAUAUUUUUAAGUAAAUUCCUAAAAUUAAGAUUAUUUUUUAAACGCAUUUAUUCGGUC